UCCCUGACUUAUGUUCUUACUGCUGGACUGGGCUUCUCUGCAGCACUCCAGGGGUUAAUGGGGGGUCAAUCUUAAAACGCACAUUUCAUCUCCAGUGCUUCUGAGACCGUCUGUGCGUGUCUUCGUAUUGCAAACACGCCACACAAGUCAGCCAAUCGGUGUCAGUAGGACCCAGGGGCAGAGCAGCCGGGACAGAGGCGGGGAGUGAAACAAAUGUAGGAGCGGGCGGGAGUUUCUUUCAGAGAGUGAGAGCAGGGAAGUUUGGAUUUGUUCGUGGAGACUUUGUUCGGCAGAGACGAGCAGCAGGCAGGAACACCAUGGCCAUGCAGAAGAGCCACCCCUAUGUGGAGCUGUUCACAAGCUACCCUGAUAGGGUGGUGAAUGUUGGAAAAGUAAUUUUUGGCGAGAGAGCCAGGAACAAGACUGAGAGCAUUUUGAGAAGGAAACAAAUUGGUAACAUUUCCCAAGCGGCGUGCGCCUUGCUGAAUUCAGGAGGGGGAGUGAUAAAGGCAGAGGCUGAAAAUAAAGACUACAGUUAUGAAGAACAUGGGAUUGGGCAGGAUAUAGAAAAAGCCCUUACAGAACUUAUUCCAUCUAAAACAUUUCAAAAAUACUUUGAUUUUGAAUAUAUGCGGGGAAAUAACAAUGUUUUAAUUUUUGUGAAAUCGUGGUGCGGCGACAGUUCCUUUUCACCCCGCAUUUGCAGCCUAGGCACAGGCUUAUGCCGAAGAUCUCUUACUCACACUAAGACCGUGAGUCCUACUGAAGCAGCACAAUUUCUCACAGAGAAGGCAGUUUUUGCCCGCAGAAAACAUGAUGAGAAGCCAGGACCAAGACCUAAGAAAGCUCUACUAAGUGAUGUUCAGCAAGAAGAUAACAUAUAUGUGUCUGCUGAAAGGUUUUAUCGCAGAGACCGUCUCUUUGUUGAUGAAAAACUAAAUUUCACUGAGUCAACACAUGUUGAAUUUAAGAAUUUUCCAACAAAGAACAUUUUGAAACGCAUUAAAGAGAUCCUGGCUAAUUACAUCUCUGCCUUUGCAAACACACAAGGAGGAUUUCUGUUUAUUGGAGUGGACGAUAAAGGGACAGUUGUUGGAUGUGGGAAGGACAUCAUAAAUAUCUAUGAAUUAAAAGGAGUAAUAGAAGAUGUUAAAGGGAAAUUACCCAUUGCUCAUUUCUGCAGUUCUCUGCCUGGAAUGGAAUUCGAAUGCAAAACGAUGGAGGUGUAUGAGAAUCAAAGCUUGUACGGUUAUGUCUGUGCUGUGAGAAUCCAGCCGGUUUGUUGUGUGGUGUUUUCGGAUACUCCAGACUCGUGGACUGUGAAGGGCAAUGAAAUCACAAGGAUGACAGCCCAGGAAUGGACAGCCCUGAUGAUGGCAACUGACCCAGAGAUUUCAGAUUUAUGUCAAGCUUUCUCGGCAGAGCUGAGUGUGUCAUGUGCACCCCCACUCACCAAGUCAGUGUUUUCCAACAGUGGCCUCGUGUGUCUGCAGGAUCUGCAAAAAUCUCUAUUUCCAGUCAACUCUAACGGGAUCACGUACAAGCCGGACAGCCUCAGCAAAGAGCUGUUCUCAGAGUAUCCAGGGCUGGAGGAUUUAAUGAAAGCACAAAUGAAAGAGCUGCAAUGUACUCGGGGAUUACUGAUAUUUGAGAAAAGCUGGGCUGUUGCUGUUGGAUUGCCAAAGAGUCAGUGCGUUGUCUGUGAUGCUCUCCUAAUAGCCGCAGACAAAUACCCAAUGCUGUACACAGUCACAGAGGAGGAUCCUUCUGGAGUUGGGUUUGAAUAUUCAAAGCGUAUUGCUCAGACAUUAAAGCUGAACCUGGUCAAUGAUGGGGGAUAUGCUCAGAAAGUCUGCGUGAUUCCCCGUCACCUACAGCUUGGAACCAACAUACAACAGAAUAGAGAUUCUCGUGUACAAGUCAAGUAUCCCUUUACCUAUGUUCUCUCGUCCACUGACGUAUCAGACUUACUUCAGUCACUUGUAAUAAUCUUGUUGAGUUUUAGAUCCUUCUUGAGUGACAAGCUUGGCUGUGAAUUUUUCAACCUUCUCACCCUUAAACAAUAUGAGAUACUAACCAAGAACCUUCACAAAUUCAAGAAACUGUUUAUCUAUGGCCUGCCAGGAACGGGGAAGACAGUUGUGGCCCUGAGUAUCAUAGAGAGGAUAAAGAACGUGUUCUGCUGUGACUCUGAUGAGAUUCUGUACAUCUGUGAGAACCUGCCUCUGAAAACAAUUGUGGAAAAUAGAAACAUUUGCCAGGCUGUGACCCGAGUGGCUUUCCUAAAAGGGAAUUAUCCAUCAGCGAAGCACGUGGUUAUUGACGAGGCCCAGAAUUUCCGGUCAGAGAAUGGCGAUUGGUACGACAAAGCGAAGCGCAUCACCCAAGGAAAUGGUCCUGGGGAACCUGGUGUCCUCUGGAUCUUCUUGGAUUAUUUACAAACAAGUCACCCAUUUCUGUGCGGUCUUCCACCUCCAUCAGAGCAGUAUCCCCAGGAGUGGCUAACGGUCGGGGUCCGGAAUGCCACACAGAUCUACAGCACCAUGCUACAUGAGAUGCAAAAUAUUGUAGACUCUCCCCAAAUCGACAUUCCUUUUGAGCGGUUAAAAAUGCUGCUCAACGAAGCUAAAUGUGGCCAUCCUCUAUCAGGUACGUGUACUGUACAAACAAAUUGGGAGAAGGAUGAAAUAGUCACAUAUGUGGCUGUCACUUGUUCCCAAUAUUUCCAAAAUGGUUACUCUGGGAAAGACAUUGCUAUCUUGUGCAACACAGCAGAAGAGGCGAAGACGUAUCUGAGGCUCCUACAACACAAAAUGAGACGUUUCAGGCAGGAUGUGCGGUUCACAAAAGCAGAUGCCGUGCUGGGAAAUGGCAUUGUUCUUGACAGCAUCCGCCGCUUUUCUGGCCUGGAAAGAAACAUUGUGUUUGGUGUCAAUCCAGUCCCUAACCCUACACAGAUGGAGAUUUCUGACAGUCUUAAGCUCUGUGUGGUAUCCAGAGCUAAUUUACACCUUCAUUUGCUGUAUGAAAGUAAUGCUUGAAACUAUCAUGGCGGUUCACUUGGGAUCUGUUUAAUAAUCCGUGUAGGAUUUCCCUUUGGUGCCAGCUAUGUGCAGAGACUGGUAGUCAUAGUGGCUACGUCUACACUGGC